UUUCUUUCUCAAGUAGCUCAGAAUCUUGCGUUUCUUCUCCUUGUCUUCUUGCCCAUCUUCUUCCUAAGCAAAUUGGAAAAUCCCCACCGUCUAGCCACCAACCCUCUUUCUCCCUAACUGCUUCAAAGCAGAAAAGAACAACUCAGUCAACAAAAAGGCCAAAAUCCCAUUUCUCCUUCUUCUUCUAUGAGUCUCCUUUCUUUUCUCUUAUUUUUUUUGCCUUUUUUUGGUGUUUCUGCUACUAAUUUGGUGGUGAUGAAUGAUGAUUGUUGGUUGGUAGUGUGAGUUGGUGAGAGAGUUAACCGAAAAUCCCUUGUCAUUCCCCGUCUUCUUCUAGAUCUAGAACGUGCAACGAUCGUCGAUGAUUGCCAACGAUCGCCAAUGACUGCCUAGACCAUCGCGAAAAUCCAUGUCUUCUCCUUGAAAAUCCCUAACUGUUGUUACUUACCAUGAGACGACCGUGAGGAGCUUGAGGAUCUGGAUACAUUUUCAAUCUUGAUUGUGUCUGUAACGCACUCAUUGCCAUUGGGAUCUACAAAGCCACUGCUAAAGAAUGCAGUACCCAGCUGUGGCCGCUUGUUGUGGUGUUUGGCACAAGACGUUUUCUGGUGCCUAAUUAUGUCAAUUGCAGUAGUGCUUUGAUUUUUGAUAUUUAUGUUCUAGAAUCCUGUUAAGUUGUAUUUGAACUUAGUAAUUAGCAUUAAUUUGAAGGUUGUUAUUCAGAUAAAUCUUUCUGUUGUGGGAAUUUUAUAUGCAGAUUACCUUAUCUUUAGUUGGGGACCCAGUCAAAAUUUAAAGAUGUUUGUCUUGCUUGGUCCUAAUGCAUCUGUGCUUGGUUCUAAAGUAGCUUUGAAUUGGGUAUUCUUCCAGUUAUGGUUUUCCUGCAUUGCAUGUCCAUUUCUUGAUAGCGAGAUUAAUAUUUAGAAGGAUUUUCUCAUCUGGGUUUUAUUCAAUUUUAGGUUUUUUGAGUUUUAAGCUUGUUAGUUCUACAAAAGAGUAAAACUUUCUGUCAAUUCUCUUGGAUUUUAUUAUUUUUGGAUCUUGAAAUUCCAGGUUUUGCUGUUUUUCUGGUGGGUUUUUAUUGUACAUGUCGUAUGGAUCAUGUUCAUGAAUGCUGCAAUGUCAAAAGCUUUUAAAGAUGAAGCUGAUUUUGGAGAACAUUUGUUGGAGUUGAUACUAGCAAAAUCAUUUUAUGGAUCAAGAACAAAGAUAAUGGUUAUGC